AUGCCUUCCCUCUUGUCUACCGCAGUCGCCGUCCUCGCCGCUUCUCAGGGAGUCCUGGCAGCCUGCACGAACCCAUCCGUCCGCAAAUCUUGGUCCGCCCUGACUGAUGAUGAAAAGACGUCGUACAUCAGCGCCACCCUCUGCUUGAUGGAUCCUGCUCAGGCUCCGUCCAAGACCGGCUUCGCUAGCUCAAAAACUCGCUGGGAGGAACUUCAAGCCGCCCACGUCUCCCAGGUCGAAUUCAUUCACUCGGUUGGCGCCUUCUUCCCGUGGCACCGUUGGUACAUGACCGUCCAAGAGAAUCUCCUCCGUAAUGAGUGCGGCUAUACUGGACGCAUGCCGUACUGGGACGAGCAGGCAGAGCAAGCCGCCCUCCCUCUGGAGGACGCCAGCAUCCUCAACGGCAGCGCCACGGCCGGCUUUGGCUCCACCGCACUCGACGCGAACGGCUGCGUCACCGACGGGCCCUACACCAAAUUGAGACUUACCCUCGACACCGAGCUCAAACGUGUCGACCCCGUGUGCCUGAGCCGCGACUUCAAGCAAGCGCAGUACGACCUGGUCUCCCAGCCGAUCAUUGAUGCCUGCCUGGUCCUGGAGGACUACGUGGACCUCAACAACUGCCUGGGCGGCACCCCUCACACCGGCGGUCACUACGCCAUUGGCGGUACUAUGGACAACCCGUCUCUCUCGCCCGCCGACCCGCUCUUCUUCCUCCACCACACCAACCUCGACCGUAUCUGGUGGCAGUGGCAGGCCCAGAACGAGUCCCGCCUGACCGACAUGGGCGGUAACAACGUCGCCGAGGGCUCCUUCUGGACCGGUUACCAGCCCUCGUCCUUGGGCGUCGACGCUUUCUUGCCCUACUUCAACGACAACGGAAACGUCACCACGCUCGACCACGUCUUGUGGAUGGCUGGCAUGGUUGAGAACAUCACCAUUGCCGAAGUCAUGGAUGUCAAGAGCGAUGCCAUCUGCAUCGAGUACCAGUGA